CUUGGCUGUGCUUCCAGGUGUGCCAUAUAGGUUAUUUUACCUGUCCGUAUUUGUUGAUGACUGGUUGAUGGAUCUGCCAGCUUUUUGCUUGUCUGUGUAUCUUUUGAUCCCUUCAUCUUGAAAUUCAAAUCAACAACAGACUUUUUCAUUUGUAAGCCGUUUAGCUCUAUUCACCCGCAUUCAUUGAGGACUGUCUCGCGGGCGCCCUCUAGUGUUGUGCUGUCCGAUCUUACAGCUGCUGUUACGACACGACGGAGAAGCGAACGUAUUUGAAAUGAAACAGUCUCAUGACAACAUCUUGAUUCCGUUGGUUUUAUGUGCAGUUUAUGAAACUGAAGCUUCACUACGACAGAAAAAAUCGUCAACCCAACAUGAAUAUUCACCUGAUGGGUUUCUUUCCAUCGCUGUAUGACACCCCACACGUAGUGGAAGAUAUCUGGGGGUCUCUGUGUUGGAACCACGGCAGCGAUCUGAGUCUAUUUGAGCCGCGGCCGUGGCCUGAAACCAGCCGGCUGCUCGAGGCCGAAUAUCGGCCGCUCGAGUUUUACUCAUCGCCGCUAGGAGACGCCGCGGAUCCGUGGAGUGAGCUGGACGACAUCUGCGAGCUGUACAUCCGACUUAAGGAGAUAGAGCUACUUCACCAGCUGGGAGAGGAGUUCGACGACAGGAGAUACAGCUUCUUGAGCACAGUGCAGUAUGAAAAGGAGAAACAGAUGGGACUUGAAGAGAAGCGGUCAGUUCACGAGAAGAAGGAAAAACAAAUAAAAUAGCUUUU